AAACACGGAGUGAUUUUCGGUGGUGCAUUAUCAAUUUUCUCAGCUCUUCCGAUCCACGUAGAGUCAAAGAUGGCCUCUCAGACUACAGUCCUCAAGGUUGGUAUGUCGUGCCAAGGCUGUGUUGGUGCUGUCAAAAGGGUACUUGGCAAGCUCGAAGGUGUGGAAUCAUAUGACAUUGAUUUUGAUGCACAAAAGGUGACAGUCAAAGGCAACGUGCCAGCCGAGACAGUUCUUCAAACUGUUUCCAAAACUGGCAAAAAGACUGCCUACUGGGAGGCAGAAGCACCAGCAGAACCUGAAGCAAAGCCUGCAGAAGCUGUGGCUGCUGCAUAGAGUAUUUUCCUGUUUAAUAUUGUAAUAGUUGGUUUAAGCAGGUACUCAUUGAUAUGCCUAUGAUUGGCGAAUGUUGUGUCAUGCACUGUAAACUUCUGAAGCACCCUUGUGCUUGUUUGUAAGCUACACUAUUUCCUUCCAAGCUUGCUGUAUGAAUGUCUCUAUAAAUAAUUGAAAUGUGACAAUGUGGUGGUAUGCUAUCCCUAUCCUUAUUCCCCUCUU